AUGGCAAGACAGCAAGGGGCACCCAGAUUCGGCACCGCAGGAGUUCUGCUACUGAUUUUGGCUGCCUUGAUGAUUCAAAGAGGGAUCUGCAAGCAGUGGCAUUAUGGAUAUAAUUCUUGUGAAAAUGACCAGCAGAUAAUACCCGACAGAGGUUAUCAUAUGACCCGUUCCCAUUGGGUAUGUGGGCGACCAAUCACCCUGAAUAGAAAUGUUGGGGGUGAGGACUCUGUGGAAGGUGAAUGGCCAUGGCAGGUCAGUGUGAAGAAGAUGGGCAAGCAUAUCUGUGGAGGGGCUUUGAUAACCCAUGACUGGAUUGUGACCGCAGCACAUUGCUUCCCACCAGAAGGUGAUCUCUCCCAAUACUCCGUGUUGCUAGGGGCCAACAAACUGGAGAAUUCCUGGCCCCACAAACAGUCCAUAGGAGUUGGAGACAUAAUCAGAAAUCCCCGCUAUGCAGGGGAGGCCACAAGCGGAGACAUCGCCUUGGUGAGGCUGAUCUUCCCAGUGAGAUUCACCAAUUACAUCAGCCCAAUCUGUGUACCUGCACCCAACGUGGACUUUCCUGCAGGCAUGAUGUGCUGGGUCACUGGCUGGGGAGAUAUCAGCGAAGGACAGGAUCUGCCUUCUCCAAAGAAGCUCCAGAAGCUUCAGGUGCCCAUAAUAGAUCUUCAGACCUGCAGACGGCUCUAUAGUAUUGACAUGGGACCAAACCUGCCCCAGAAACCCAUCCAGGACGACAUGAUGUGUGCCGGGUAUGCUGAGGGUAUGAAGGACACGUGUAAGGGUGAUUCUGGUGGCCCACUGAUGUGCAAGAUAAACCAGGAAUGGCUCUUGGCUGGUAUUGUCAGCUGGGGAGAAGGCUGUGCUGAGAAGAACCGCCCUGGCGUGUACAUCCGCCUUACCGCAUACCACGAUUGGAUUCACAGGAUUAUCCCCAAUUUGGAAUUUGUUGAACCUAGGAGGGGUUACAACACCAGGAUCAGGAAUCAAGGCACUUCUGGAGCUGUUGGGAGGGGACAGGCCUUCAUAACUGUCCUGCUCCAGGUUUUGGUGUGGACCCUUAUUCAUAUCUUGCCAUAGGAUCUGUGGGAAAAAGAAGUUACAAGUGGUCAAGUGCUGCGGGGUUACCUCUCAUCUCAUCUUUCUCCCAUUUCUUGGUCACUCCUAACUUCAUCUGCCCAGGAUUCUAAUAACUACUAUCCACUUGGCCGUGAGCAGCACUUGCACAGGGAGAUACAAAUGCAGUGAGCGCAUGGGUGCCUCUGCAGACAUAGAGAUGGUUUGGUGCUUCCUUCUCAACAGGGGGAUGCAACACCCUUUUUCAUGACCCCUACUAGCCACUGUCUCCUUUCUUGCCACAAAACUUUUACAUAUGUAUGGUGCAAUCAGAAAUCAUGGGUAGCUGGGUCGGGGAGGGGCAUCAUCAUGGAAUCAUCAUGUGCCUGUUGUUGGGUGAUGCCUUAAGGCAGGGGUGCCCAAACUUUUUUCAAAGAGGGCCAGAUUUGAUGAAGGCCUGCGAAAUGGAAUUUGGACAUGCCUGCCUUAAGGGACAGAGUUGGACCUCUGAGGCAAAUUAAUUGAGGCUCAAACUACAGAAAACGCUCAGUUGUCUGAUUCCCCCACUUGUGUUUUUUUUUUUAAAGGCAAAACAGCUUUGUAAACUGUCUUAAACUUUUCAUGACACUGAAAAUCAGCUACCUGAGGUAGCUGCCUGAUUCAUGGUAAAUGCCAAUUCCUACCUCUGAUACUGAACUUGCUUUUUACUGGAUCAAAGUUGAAAAGCAAAGUAAUCAAUGUAUUUGAUACAUUCCAAUUUCUAAAGAUUAGCAUUAUCUUCACCUCUCCUUCCCCUGCCCAGGUCAGUGUAUCACAAUAUGCAUUAAAAAAAAAGUUUCAACUUUAGGAUGCUAGUGUUAUGACUAUUUUAAAAGUCCAUAUUUCAGUCUAAUACAAAACUGUCUGUUUGGAAUACGUAUGCUUGAAACAGGUUUGUGUAAGAGUUGCUUCAAGGAAUCCUUACCUUUACUCCCUCUUUAUCUAUUUCUAUCUGCCCACAUCACUUUAUGUUUUCAAGUAUACCUGAAAUACAAAAUUAUAGUGAUUUUAUGACAAUUUCAUUGUCAUGGCAACCUGGGAGUUGCAGUUUGGGAAUAAUGGUCUGUUAGGCAGUGUUUCCUCACAGCACUGCAAUUCUCAGGAGGAAAGAAUAACUUUCAAAGUAAUUAAAAACUGUGAUGUAGAUGUACCCUUAAUUAAUCACAUGCACUAUUCCUCAGCUGGCCAUGACACUAAGCAGCAGCCAUUAUCCUGUCUUCUAUGGGUUUAACUAUUUUCCAUUACACCAACCAAAUUAUUAGCAAUCAUGUAGUGGGUUUCGGAGAAAAUUGAAGAUGAGGCAUGGACACCCUGAUGGUGACUGGCACCACAGUACAAGGGCAAGGGAGAUCUAAGUCUUCCCUCCACAACUGUGAUUUGGUAAAUAUAAUCUCCCAUACAGUAGUUAGCAUUAAGGAAAAAAAACCACUCCCAUUGACAGCAGUACUUCGCCCCCUCUAAUGUUAUCUGCUGGACUGGGCAAGGGAAUAUUUUUGCUGAGACCAGAGUUGGGGAGGAAUGAUUUAACCCUCCCCUCCCUCACAUGCUGCAGUGGUGAUUACAGCUGGCUCGACCCCGCAGCCAGGUAUUUAAUUAAAACAAAUUCAUGACAUCAUAGCUAAUCACAUUGCUAGCACAAUGUGUAGUUAGGGGCCUUACAUUUUGCUUCCUUUAUGGAGUUCAGAGCCAGACGCCCUGAAACUUUAGCUCUCAAAAUAUGCUCAAGAAUCUUGUAAAUGAAUGAAAAGUGGAAAAAAUUAAAGGGGCGGAAAAGUGAAAAAAAUGAGGGGUGGGAAAAUUAAAGGGGGAGUGUUUAAAGUGUUGGCCACUGGAGUGUAUGGUUUGUGUGAUUUGCAAAACGUCACAUAUUAAUAAAAUACGUUGCUUAAUAAAAUCCUUUGUUGGUGUUCAAAGGCUCUUUAAUGGUGUAUUAAAGUAGCUGGAAUAAACAGCA